GGCAUUGUGGGUAAAAAAAAUGGCCUGACUUGUGUAAGGUGUUCAAAUCAGUCGGGUUCAACCCUCUUACCGGUGUGUGGCCUUAGGUCACCCGGCCCAACGUUGACUCCUCCCCGCUGUGAUGCUGCGGAUCACUCGCCUCGCAACUUGCGGGGGGCUCGCGGUAUACUCAGCCGGAAUGUGCGGUCGGAGGAGCGGCCUGACUUUGCCACGGUGUCCUGCGCGGGCAUUCUACCGGCAGAUGCCAGGCUACAGGACGCACGACUUCACUAGGCUCAGAACGUUUUGCUCACAGUCCAGGGGCGACGUCCCGGAGGGUGGGAACUCCGACCGUAAGGCCGACGUCUCGGUGGUGGGCAUCCCCGAUCCGAUCACAUGGAUUCGGUGUAACGUGCACCUGUUCCUUGUUGAUCUCUACUAUGACCUGGGUGUCAAUUCGAAAGACUUUGAAAGAGGAGUAAAGCAGGCGUUUGUGCACAUCUCAAGCGUGAUGUCCCAAGGAAAAUACUUCGAACUCAUCGGCAUGGUUUCCGUUGAGAUGAUCCGCUACAUGGAAGAGCGGUGUCGGCCCCUGUCUGAGCGUCACAGGCAAAAUCUGGCAGUCUCCAUGGAAGACAUCAUAUUGGUGUUACCGGAGGAGGUUUCCGUUGACUUUGUGCAAGGUAGAAAGUUUUGCACGAUCGCCAUGAGGCUUUGGUAUCUGACAACGCCGGACGGACCCGAUGACCCUGAAGCCGUCAAAAUAUUCCGAGUGGCCCCCGGAGCGGACGGCUUCCCGCCAAAAAGAGUUGCCACGGCCGUCUAUGAAUUCCAUUGUGAAAUCAUAAAAGGAGGAUCUGAAGAUUGGAUAGUGACCACCGUUUGGCACUGGAACUGGAACGCAAAUGACUGAAUGGAUUUAAAUCUUUUUCAAAAAGUGGACGCGCCACGUACAAAUGCCUUCAAAGCCCUUUGAAUUCACUCUUAUUUAUAGUAUCCCAUUAUUUUGUAAAUUUAUUUCAAACUUUUAACAGUUGCAACAUCUUUUUUUGGUUUUGCACAGUAAAAAUGCACAAAUUCAAUAGUUGUCAUGUCAUUUUUGUCUGUACCAUCUGGGCUUUCUUUUUUAAAGGGAACCAUGGACUGAAAGACUUGUGUUCUUAAAAGAUAAAUGUUAGUAUGAGUUAUAAGAAUUUGAUAUUUAAACCCUUCAAUGUUUUUGUUUUUAUAAGAUUUGAAAAAUUAGUUUAACUAGUAGAUCGCCAUUGUUGUUGACGACGCAAUGCACUCUGGGCGCUGACGUCACUGGGCAGCGCUGCCGUAUUUCCACAGUGUCACUCAUUAGCUACAUAAACAUGUCGUCGCUUAUGCCCUUCCAAUUCGAACCCGAGCAGAAAAGUGAUGAGCAGGAGAGAGCUGCUGAUAUUUCACAAAACAAGCAGCAAAAGCAUUGAAUGAAAGUCUCCGGCGGGAUUCAAACCCGCGUUUCCCGUGCGACAGACGAGCACAUAGACCACAGGACUAUUCUUCCGCGUGACGUUCAGACUCAUGAUUUUCCUUAUGAAGGAAACGCAACCCACAUGUGACACACACACACACACACUGUAGGUAAAACCUGAAAGGGAAACGCAAUUGAAAAGAAAGUUCGGCUCGCUUGAUCACGGCAAGCCGCCUAGGAUCGGUUUUAAAAUACUGCUUAAUGAGCUGGAAUUGGAUGCAGGUACAACUACGGGAACUCAUCCCACAUCUCUGUAACAAAAUGAUCUGACCAGCAGCAGAAUGUGACAAAAUCAUCCCAGUCGUCAUAGUAGCUUCGCUUGCUAGCUAGCACCGCUAUACUCCCAGCAGCGUCAUCACCCUCAGCGUGCAUUUGGCGCUUGAAACAUGGCGCCCUCCGUAGGUCAAAACUAUUAUCGAUUUUUAAAUCAAUGGCUAUAUUAUAUGUGUUUCCAAUAACAUAUUUUAGUAAAAGAGAACAAUUGAGGCUUAUUAGAGCCUACAAGUCUUUAAGUCUGAGGUUCCCUUUAAGCAUCACUGGUCUUUUGUUACUAUCUCAAAUAGUGAAAUGUAUGCUAACCCCUUGAUGCAAUAAAUUAAUUUUAUCCAUCCACUUCUCCCAUAGAAAUGUAUUUCUAAAAUGGUUAACAUUUAUUGAAAUUUAUGUAAUAGAGCUCAGUUUUGAUUGAGCAUACUUACACUUCUGUUUAAUAUGUUUAUUUGCUAUUAUAACAAAAGCAAGUUGACCAAAAAGUUAAGAUGAUGUAUUUCAGAUUAAGAAAAACAUCUUUUUAGAUAAUAUUCCUAAGCAAAAAAAGCCAUGACAACAGUUACAGAUCCUGUAAAAUCAAAAUUAAAAUCAACAAUUUCAUACACAUAAGUGUUAACAAGCAUUCAAAAUUUUCAAAAUUUAACAAUUUCACAUGCGAGUGUUUUUAACAAGCCUGCCAAAUUUCAAUUUAAAAAAUGGUUGAGUAUAUGUAAUAACGCCUUCACGCGAUGUCGGAAUUAUUGUAAAUACCACACACCCACUCAAGUCGUAUUUUCUACUGGACAACUAGGAUUUUAUUAUUAACCCCAAUUUCUGAGACGUGAGGACUUUUUUCAAGAUGGCGGAGCGUGAACAAGAAUUUGUGUAUAUGUAUAUAUAUUUUUUCUUUUUAAGGAAGAUUUGUCAUCCAUUUGCAGAUUAUGUUGACAUCGGCAAAAUAAGGUACUGUACAUACUUAUAAAACCAUUUUUUAAUACAAUUAUUUUUUUUAACCAAGUGUUUGUUAUAAUAUUUGGGUACAAAUUUACCAUUUACUGUACUCUUCUUGUAGUAGAUGAAUUAAAAGGUCUACAUCAGUUUUGCCCAUGCAACACAUAAAAAUGAAGUCCAUCUCUUAUGUAUUUUUGCUAUGACAACAAAAGCACAUGAACAGGAUGUACUCUUAAGUGUGUUUGAUCAUCUGUAAA